AUGGAGAAGUAUAUUUCUAAUAGGCUGACCGUGGCGGAUGUUCUAGAAAUCUCUGCAGAGAAUAGUAAAUGCAAUAAGCCUCAGACAAUAGAAGAUGUACCCUGGUGCACUCUGAGGAAGAUCAUGGCUCUGGACAAUACUGCAAGGAACACUCUUCUUGACACAGAUCAGCCUGACCUGUAUACCGGAGAAGAAAAUGAUCCAUUUGAAAAUAUAUUUGGAGAGCCACAAAGUGCGAGUUCCAUCCACCCCCUAGAUGUCCUCUGUGUUCUUCUGCAUUGUUCAGACAAAAUUCUACAACAAGAGAUUGUGAGCAAAAUGGCCGUUUGUCAGUUUGCUGUCCCUCUAAUGUUGCCUGCUGGUGAUGGGUCACAAUGCACCUUCAUGCUGUGGGCAUUGAGGGACAUUGUGAAAAAGUGGAGACCUCAGUCACUAGCUGACAGUAAAGGGUUCAGAGAGGAAAAUGUGGUGAAUAUUUCCAUGCCAAUUAUUUCCUUUGUAAGACUGGGGAAAACCAAGCUGUCCAAAUCUAAAACCCUGAAUCAGAUUCUCAAUCCAGCCCAACAGCAUCAAAACUUAUUCAUACAUGAUGAUAUGGAAGGAGGAAACAUUGAGAGGAAAAUAUCUGAUGGACUUGUGGAAAUGUCCUGGUAUUUUCCCUCCAGUAGAUCUGAGGUUUUUCCAGAAGCCUUUGCAGUGACCAACCUACGUGGAGACCUGGAGUCCAACUGGGACCAGUUCACAUUUCUGUGUGAAAUUUCAUCAGCUGUGUUUAUAUUUCUGGAGACAAUCAAUGAGAGAGAAUUCCAGCUGUUAUCAAAAUGCAGUCAGAGUGACGCCAUGUUUUACUUUAUUGUUACUCCUAGUCCAGGCAAAAAUAUAGAGAAGGAGACACAAAGCAUUCUUCUGCGUCUAUUACCAGUAUUAAGAAGUGACAAGACACAUAUCAUCGUAAAAAACAAAGCAGAGAAUGAUGCAAAUAUCAUGAAAAAAAUCCAACCAAAACUUCAAAAUGUUUUAAAGAACACAACCAAAAAUGUAAAACUUGGCGAUGUUCCAAAGUACUUUGGUGUACGUAAGUUUGUGGUGGAUGAAACUACGGAGGAAUGCCAGAAGACAAGAGACCUUGCCAAUAAAAUCACCCGAGAAAUACGUGAUGUGGCAGAGUAUAAAAAGCAAACAAUGAAAUUACAAGGAGAUCUCUGGAAACAGUUGUCUAAAAUCAAAAAAGAACUUUGCAGAAUGAAACAUCAAGGAAAGGAAAAUGCACAAAAGUAUCAAUCUGAUCUCUCAAGUCAAUGCAAUAACCUUCAUUCAGAGCAAUACAAACAUCAAACUCCAAAAGGUAUAAAGAUGUUUACCGAUGCUCUUACUGAUUUGUCUCAGAAAGAAAGACAACUUUUUCUGAAAUGGAUGAAAUUUAAUCUUGAUGCAAUUGCUAGAUCCAAUCUGACUGAACUUCAAAGUCAAUAUAAGGAGAAAUGUACCAACAUUGCACAUAAAAAAGAACUUCAGGACUUAGAUCAGAAACUCUCGGAUAGCUCUUUAGGGAUAGAACACUUUCUACGUGAACUGGGUCAGUUCUAUGAAGCUGAAAGUUCAAUGACAAAACAAAAACAAAUUGAGAGACACCAAACAAGGUUUACUAAACUUCCGGGAAUAGCAGCAAAUCUUCUGUUGGAUGGAUUUCCAUUGGAGCUCAUUGAUGGAGAUGCCUCCAACAUUCCCCUGCAAUGGAUAACAGAUGUCUUGACUGAGCUGGACAGCAAGACAGAACAAAAAUGUAAAAUUAGAGUGAUCACUGUGCUGGGAGUGCAGAGUACAGGGAAGUCCACCCUUCUGAACACCAUGUUUGGCCUGCAGUUCCCAGUGGCCAGUGGAAGAUGCACACGAGGAGCCUUCAUGACUCUUCUGCAUGUGAAAAAGAACUUCCAGGAAAAGCUGGGCUGUCACUUCAUCCUGGUGAUGGACACUGAGGGACUGAAAGCUCCAGAGUUGGCUUCUCUGGAGGACACCUAUGAACAUGACAAUGAACUGGCCACACUAGUCAUUGGACUGAGUGAUAUCACCAUAGUCAAUAUGGCCAUGGAGAACACAACAGAAAUGAAGGAUAUGUUACAGAUUGUGGUUCAUGCUUUUCUUCGGAUGAAAGAAAUUGGGAAGAAGCCCAACUGUCAAUUUGUCCACCAGAAUGUCAGUGAUGUGUCAGCUCAUGAUAACAACAUGAGAGACAGAAAUAAACUUCUAGAACAGUUGAAUGAAAUGACAAAGGUAGCUGCCAAAAUGGAGAAAAAAAAUGAGAUUUCAGCUUUCACUGAUGUGAUGAAGUACGAUCUUAUGAAGGACAAUUGGUACAUCCCCAGUCUGUGGCAGGGAGACCCACCAAUGGCUCCAGUAAAUCUUGGCUACAGCUCAAAUGUGCUUGAUCUGAAAAAGUAUUUGUUUGAAUUUAUGGAAAGUGAGAAAUCUAUUAACAAACCAUCCAGUAUCUCCGACUUUAUUACUUGGAUAGAAAGUUUAUGGCAAUCUGUGAAACACGAGAAAUUCAUCUUCAAUUUCAGAAACAGUCUGGUGGCCAAAGCCUACAAUAGAUUGUCUGUAAAAUACUCCUUGUGGGAAUGGGAUUUCUGUAAAACAAUUCACAACUGGGUCAUCAGCACAGAAAAUAGCAUCAGAAAUCAGUCUGGAGAUAUAUAUGAAGACAACACAAAUGAGCUGCAGAAUAUUCUUCUGGAGGAAGAAAACAAGAUGACCGAAUCACUAGAAAAAUAUUAUGAAACCUCAGAGAAUGCCAAUCUCAUAGAACGACACCGAGAGGAAUUCAAAUUAAGUAUUAAGAGCCUGAGGAAAGAACUGGAAAGAAACACCCUUAGCAAGUUCCAUGAGACUGUGUCUAUCCAGAAAGGGAAAAUAAAAAUCCAGGAAAUUCAGAGGAAAUCCCAGACAUUGAUUGAAGAUAGAAUAACAAAUCUUCUGCAAAGAUAUAAAGAUAAUAAUAAGGAAGUAAGUGAACAAGAACUUCAACAAGAAUUUGAGUUGAUGUGGAAGAAGACCUUAUCAGAUAUGCAGUUGGAACAACUUACUCGGAAUAAUUUGUCUCAAUCUAUUCUUCACCUUCUCAAAAAUGACAUGACCGGUAGAGGUCCUCAUAUAAAUGCAGCAUUAAUUAAGGUUAAUGAUUUAGAUCAAUAUGCAGAGGAAGGUGUUGAGUUUUGUGCAGAGGAUGACAAGUACUUUGGUCUCCCCUUGAAAUCAGUUUUUAGAAACCCAAUAUAUGUGAAGCAAGAAUAUAAACAGAAGAUCAGGGACCUUGCUGCUUCUAUAAUUCAGACUAGUGAGGAGCAUGUGAAAGAGAAGAUGUCUUCCAGAGAUGAUUACAAUGAAAUUCACUCCAAGGAACUGCUACACAGGAUUAAUCAAAGACUAAAUAGUAAAGAUGUGAAGAAGCUUAACGUUACCGCACAGUUUGAGCUGGACAUCAAACUUUUCAUUUUUGGAAAAGCCUCUCAAGCAUUCCAGAAGUUACAUGACCAGUUUAUCCAGGAGAAUGACCCUAAAAUGUGUAUAGAAAAGCUAAAACCUCAAUACUUGUCUACGUUUCUCAGUAUUUUCCAUAAAAAAGAUGAAUGUCGAAGUCGAGCUAUCCAGUUUUGUGCGCUUUGCUUGAAACCGGCAAUAAUGGAUUAUAUUUCCAAACAUCUCGGACAGAAAAUAGUGGAUGAGAUAUUAGCUGGUUCUGAACACGUCACAUUCAGCAGCAGAAGUUAUUUCCAGUGUACAGUCUUAGAGGAGCUCCUAGAAGAAAAUUCAUUCCAGAAGUAUGUUGAAUACAUCCGAUCAUAUGAGAGCUUUUUAAAGAAAUGGAUCCUAACCUACAUCACAAACAAAUACAGCGAAGCUUCAGCUUUAGAAACCUUGCAGGGAGAUAUUCUUUCUUCUAUUGUCAUGAAAAUAACAACAGCUCUGAAAAAUGAAAGCUGCCUGAAAGGAAACUCUGUGUCAAUUUUCUUGAAGCAGUUCUGUGAAUUAUUAAAAACAGAAUUAGUGAUAUCAGAGAAAGAGAUGAAAAUCAUCACAUUUCAUAACUCGGGGAACGUUGAGCAGUUCUCAUCAGGAAUUGAACACUUCUUCACAGAGACACAACAACAAAUCCGAUCAGAAUUGAGAUCUAUGGAUGUACAGUCUGUACUUUCCAGGGUGAUAGUGAAGCCUCAGGAUGAAUUGUUCAGGAAGGUGGUUGGAUGUGGCAAGCAGUGCCCAUUCUGUAAAGUCCCCUGUGAGGCUGGAGGAGGUGAUCAUAAUCACACAGCAUCUAUUCACAGAUCACAAGGAUUGGGACAGUACCGUUUGGAUGAAAAUAAGAAGCUGGUCAUUGAUAUCUGUUCUACUCUUGUAGUUUCUAACAUGUGUUUUAAAAAUUCAGAUACUGAAGGCAAGUGGCAUCCAUAUAAAGAGUAUCGUACAUACUAUCCAGAUUGGGCCAUUCAGCCUGAUCCCAGCAUUGUGUCCUCAGACUACUGGAAGUACAUCUUUGUACAGUUCAAUCAAGAAUUUGCAAAAAAGUAUCGAGCAUUACCAGCUGAGCUGCCAGAUACUUGGAAGGAAAUCAGCAGAGAACAAGCUCUUCUCAGCUUGAAAAAAAUAUUUAAUGUCAAUUAA